CCCGUCUAUCUUCCGGACUUCCAGUGUUGAGGGCAGCAGUGUGCGCGUCUCCUGCGCAUGCUUUGGUAUUAAGAUACCCAGAGGGAGAUUCGUAGAGCGUGCAAAGCUCAGUCUAUUGUUACUGACAUUCAGCGCCAUUUUGUUGUGACAGCGUCUGCAGAGACAUAAUUUCUGCGUAAUGGAUCCGCAUCCGCGUCAACCGCCGCCUAGGCUCAGCAUACCUCCAAUGAUGACCAUGCAGCAGCCUUUUGACGGCAGGCAACCUAUGUUUUCACCUGCUCUUCCUACUGCUCUCCAGCAUAGUUUUCAUCCUCCACCCUACUAUAUGAAUGGUCCUCCACUUCAAACACCUAUGCAAUCGUUUUUUCCUCAUCAACCACCUCCUGCUCCCGCUCGUCCUACCUAUGUGAAUCACAAAGGACACGCAAGCAUAGCUCAUUUUCCCGGAUACCCACCGCCGAGUGCCAUUCCCAUGACUCCCUUGGGUUCUGCUUUUCCAUCUCAGAUGGGCCCGCCAUUUGGACAACCCUUCAUUCCUCGGAAUAGAAGGGCUCCAAGCAUUAGCAUAGGUGGUCCGCCAAAAGCACCUCUUGGAGGACCAGGACGCAAGCAUAGCCCCUUGCCUCCUCCACAGGCUGCAGCCACUCCAGCCCCAAAGGGUAAGAAGGUGGUCGUGAAUAUACCGGUGGAAACAAUUUCCGGUGAUGCCGGAGAACCUUCAACGCGUCCGUCGUGGGCACGAACACCGGUAGCUGCAAUGAACCUGGAAGAGCCAGAGGUUAUUGCGCCUGAGAUAGCCUCAAUUGAGCUCUAUCCACCAGAUUCAUGGCGGCGGGACAUUCCUGAUACGGUGGACGUGUUUCUUCCUGGACAGGCUGCGUGGGAUGCUAUAAAGCUCAGUGUUAUCGAAGAGAAGCUUGUGAGGUUGGGUGUCGAGAGAGGUUCAGGAGGUAUCGUUCCAAUCCACGCCCCCCAUGCUCGUGCAGCAUCAAUUUCAUCUCCUGCUGACCCGUCGCUCCUGCACUUCAAGUUGAAUAAAUUACAGCAGGCUCAGACUGUAUCCUCAUUGAAUUCUCUGUCAAAUUCGCCUCAGCCACUAAAUAUAUCUCCUUCUCCACACCAACUUCCUCCUCGAUUCCAAAAUAGGCAUGGUCACAGUCUGUCCCUUGCACACCCUCCUCUCCACGAAAAUUUCUACAUUCCAAGCGCGGCAUUCAAUCCUUUUGGUCCGAGCGCAGUCCUCGGCUCCGACAGCAUCGAAAUAAACGCACCCACCGAGCCAUUCCGUGCUCCUAUUGAAGGCAUUCAUGCUCCACAAGGCCGUGUCCCUGUUUCUGUCCCAUCUCUUAUUCCUCCCGGUGUCUCUCGUGCAAGCAGUCGUCCUGAUUUCACACGCGGGUUCGGUCUCGACAUCCCGGAGGAGGAGGAGCCUUCGGAGGAAGAAGUUCCCGUUGACAUGGACGACAAUGCUCUAAUUGAUCUUGAAGGACCUGAUGGUCAAGAUUCUGGGAGAGAUGCGACGACGGUUGCGCUAAGCAGGUUGCAUUCGAGACAUGUAUCACGACUGUCGGCUGCGCUAUCAUUGCGGUCGGUCGGUGGUAUCGCGGAGGGCGCCAUGUCAGAGGUGAAUAUGGUGCCCAUCCGGAGUCCGAUAGGCAACCCGGGCAUUGAUGAUCUUGACAAAGAGGCGGUUGGAGAGUGGACGGGAUCGGAGGACAUGCACGCAGACAAGGAACAAUCAGACGACGAGGAGAGCAUUGGCGAGUGGUCUAAUCCCUCAGAUGAAGAGCGGGCUCGUCAAAAUCGGGUGCAACGCCGUAUUUUGCGCCAAAUGAAACAUGAAGCUGAGAAACCAAGACGUCUACCCAACUUUCCCAUUCCUCCUCGUGGUGGCCUGGGCAUGUCUUUGCGCAGUGACUUUGACAUUGUCUCGAAUCCAAGCGAGGAGGAUAACCGAGGAGAGAUCCAUACGGCAUUCCUCGGCGUGGAUCCAGCAGAUUUCCCAGUUAGACCAUUAUCGGCAUCUACUACUGGAAGGCGGCCUCUCCCUCCUGUCCCCCACUCCCGUGGUCAAUCAGGACAAUACUCGGUGCAUGACCCCGCCCUCGCUCACUCGCGCAAUAUCUCUGAGCAGCUCGACGGCAAUAAUGAAGGACCGGCCCCCAUCCAGUCAUCUUCAUUUGGGGCUCUCAAUCCACACGCGAAGCCUUUUGUGUUUGGUGCAGCCAGGCAGUCUGGUUCAUGGUCAAUCGAGGCGGCACCGCUAAAAGUUCCCGUUCUUAGUCAUACACGCAUCCCGUCCCUCGGAAAGCCACUCAAUGCAGCUGCACAAGAAUUCAAGCCCACAGGCUUCACAUUUCGUCCGCCACCUGGGGUGCCCCGCCUGGCCUUCCCCGCAUCAGAGCCCUCGCGGCCUCUGCCGGUCCCGCCCAUCAAACCGUCGUCGGUACGUGCUCAACAAGGACGGGAGAAAAGGCAGCGCCGUGGGUCCCGCUCAUCGUUUGAUGAGGAUGAAGAUGACAGCGGCAAGGAGAACAUGGCCUCAUUUAGAUUCCCUGCAUUGGGCGAGACCCCGCGCAGCCGUCGUUCUGCUCCUACAUCCCCAUGGACGUUGGGAUCGAGAGAUUUCAACUCAAGUGCUGGGCCAUUGCAACCUCUCACGUUUUCUGGAUUUUCUACUCUUGCCUUGCCUGAUGAGGAUGGAGUGCAGGAGAUUGAGAUAGCACAGGUGGCCGGCGACUUCGAAUCUCCCCAGAACGACGACUUCCUUGGCAUUUCCAACACGUUCCCAUCGAUUGCGCCUACCAGACCGAAACGCGCGCCUAUCCCCUUAGAUUUCAAGAAUCCUACCCCCAGCAACACACUACCUGCUGGUGUCUUCAAAGCUCUGGUGGGUGAUGAGAAAACUCGCCGUACUGUGCGCUCUCGGCUGAGUUCCCGCGAGAUAUUUGAGCACUCGCAACGGCCGUCUCUUGACGACCUUGCAGCGCCCGCCAUCUCCAUGUUACAGCAGCGUUCACAAUCGCGGCUUGUCACUGAUCCUGGCCUUCAUCGGCAUCCGCUCCAGUCUCCUGACAUCUUCACGCCUGCUAUCAAGCGUCGCUCCUCGUUGCCUGCAUUGCAUAGCGCUCACAACUCUCACCACUCGGAGCUUUCAAAUGUUUCUAUCCCUGCCCUCAACCUUACGAAGCGUCUUGAGACGCAAGCUUUGGAGGACAAGAUUGAGGCAUUAUUGACCGAAAAAUUCCAAGCUCUCCACACUGAGAUCGCCCGCGCCAGAACGUCGGCAGGUGCAUCGUCCAUCAGCCCUACCACAGAAGAUAUGAUUACGGAGGUUGUUGGUUUGUUCCGUACCCAACUGCAGGAGUCUGCUGCUCGUGGCCUCGACGAGAGCCAGAUGGACGCCCGCGGCGAACUGGACCUUGCGGUCAUCCGUGAUGUGGUGCAGCGAGGUCAUGCAGAGGGUCUGCUGAUGAUACAGACAGAGUUGCGUGGGCUCGUGGAUCGCCUCGAGGAAGCUGGACCUACAGAAUCAACAACGGAUGUUGUUGCGGCUCUGGAGCAAUUGAACAAGAAGAACAUGCAGGUCAUCCUUAACACCAUUGACCAGCUGUCGUCGCAAAUCGGCCAAUACUCUCGUCCUUUCGCAGACGGGGAUGAACGGCUAUCCCUGGUUACUGAUAUCAUGGCCGCUCUGACACCCACCUUUACGGCUCUGCGACCUGAUCCUGUCGACUACAAUGUCCUCACUGCUCAGCUCAGCCAAGCCGUCAAGCCAAAUAUCGAACAGUUGAUUGACCUCGCAGCUGACAAACGGGAGACCGCCGGGCUGAUCGUGGAUAGCAUCAUCCCUCUGCUGCCCAAGGUGUCGCUGGAUACCAAUGAAGUAAUUGCCCAAAUCACUGCGGAAGUUCGCCGUGUCAUUGCCCCCAUCGACGCGCAUGAAAUCAAGGAACAAGUGGCUGAUCUAGUGGUGGAGCGUCUGGACUCGCGUCUUGCUGUUCGCGACAAGGCGUUCAACGUCGAAAUCGUUUCAGGCAAAGUCACAGAGGGUGUCUCUGACCUGCUCCACUCGUUCAAUGAUGUAGUCCCCAAGCUGGACGCACUGGGUGAGGCUCAGCAGCUCAUGUCCAAAAAGAGUGACGAAAUUACCUUGAAACACACCGAUCUCCACGCCGUUGUCGCCAGCCUCCCUACUCAACUUGAUGAUCUCAAGUGCGCUAUGCAGUUGAGUAGUCAAGAGCUGCAAGCCCGAGCAUCGUCUCAAAGUAACGAAGAAGUCCUAACGGCUAUCAGCCAGUUGGAGUUUGCCAUCAACUCCCUGGCUAGCACCCAUCUGGCCCCCUCCACCCAAAACGAGGAGCUUUUCUCGAUGUAUAAGUCCCUCCGCGAGGAUCUUUCUGAACGCAUGAAUGCGCUCCCUGAGGCGUUGCAUGCAGCUGUCAGCGUUCUUCAAACUGCCCAUGCUGAGUUCGCAGUCUCUAGGGACGCUUCAAAGAGAGACCAGGAAGAAAUUCGUAGACUCAAGACAGCGCAUGCUGAACACCAGGUACAGGUGGCGAAGGCUCGUGGAGCCCAUGGCCAAAUUCGGGUGGAGAAAGAGAACCUCGCUGAACGCUUCAAGGAUGUCGAGUCUGAGAGAGAUAGGCUCCGUGCUCAGGUUGAAGAACUCCAGAGUGCUAUCAAAACCCAUAGCGCAAAUGUUGCUGCCGUCGAGUCGCGGAAUUCUGAACUAGAGGAGGCACUUUCUCAAAGCCUUGCGCGCCUCAAAGCUUCGGACGUUACAACACAAGCCAAUCAGGAACGCAUUGGUGAGUUGGAAAAGGCGAACCAGGAGGCCUUGACCGAGCAAGCCAACCUCAAUUUCAAGGUCGGGGAAUUGAACACAUCAGUAAAGUUUAUGACAGAUGAGAAGGACUUGGCUGUGCAUUCUCUUCAACUCCUCCAAAAAGAACAUGAGCACCUGCUGUCACAACAGAGCCACUGGGAUGACCUCCACCGUGCAGCUGAGCAAAUUGACAUGCUCACUACUCUCAUGAACCAGUCUGGCAAUGAAGAACUCAAGGAACUCCGACGGGCUCGUGAACAGAGUCGUAUCCUCGAAAGCGAGCACGCAGCGCUUCAAAAGCGUUUCAGGGAACAGGAACUCAAAAUUUCCAACGCUGAACGUACAGCAAACGCUGCCAGACAGAACUUGGCUCAAGCUCAACACCGUGCCUCUGAGUGGGAGAAUCGUGCGAAAGAGUAUGAGGGUGACUUGGAGAUGACACGCACUAGGCUUGAUGAGGUGGAGCAAGCUCAUGCUCAACUUGAUGCAGAUCAUUCUUUUGCAAAGCUUCAACUGGAAGAAAAGGAAGCAGAGGACCGUUUGGUUAAGGACCGAGAACAAAAGUUACGCGACCAGGUUGCAAACUUUGAGGCUCAGGUCGCUCGUCUCGAGACCGACCUUUCGAAGACCAAGGCGACCCCAGUUCCAUCCAUGGUGUCCUCAUACAUCAAACUUGGUCAAACGGAGUCUCCCCCUCGUCCUGAUUCGCGUUCAAGUACCGUCUUUUCUGGGGAUAGAUCAAGCACACCAGUCGCGCAGAUCAAUGGCUCACAUCUACCUCGUAGCGAUACUCCUCCUCAAUCAUCUCCAUCCGUUCGGGAUUCGAUGCACGCACCACGUAGAUACCCCCAGUUUGGUCCUGGAGUACCUGCCACUCCUCAGCCCAGACGACCCAUCGGAUCAUAUCGACCUCAAUCUGUAGUCUCAUUCGCUUCUUCUCACUAUGCCUCGCGGUCAGUCGCAUCCCCGACGCCAAGUACAGUUUCAAUUAUACCGGACGACGAGGGUUGGUACUCGUAGCUCGUUCGAUACCUGAUCUAUCCGCAUUUGCUCAUUUCGGCCUCAUCAUGAUAACCUGAUCUAAUCGAUGAUCUUGCUUUUAAGCCCUAGUUUUGUUGCAUUUCUUUUUCUAUAUAUUCAUUCAUUGGUACUCUCAUUGGAUCCAUCGUCGUAUA